UUGAUCUCUCACUUGUCCGUAAGAAAAAGAUCAGAUAGAAUCAGCCUCAUACAAUACAAGGCGAUAAGGAACUCAAUUUUUCUACAUUGUAGUUGUUUCAACUUACCGAUAGAAAAUUGAGCUUUCAUAUUUUAGGAAAUGAAUAAGAAAAAAUCAUAAAUUAUAUUAAGAUAAAGGCCCUCAUCCAUAGAUAUACAUUCGAAAGAUAAGAACACCUAACAACUCAGUUGCUUAUAAUCAUGGUUGUAUGCGAAUUGAUUCUAAAUUAUUACAGCAUUACAACACACAAUACGCCCUAGUGUAAUACAAUGUUGAUCGAAAAAACAUACAAAAAUCACAGAUUUUAUAGAAAAAAAAAAAACUUAAAAACUCUAGCAUUGCGGCUGACAACGAUACACCGGCAGUUAGAAGUCUUCUCCACCCACCUCCCCCUUGAGCCAGGCUUAGCACCAAACGGACAGACACACGUGGACGUCUAUAUUAUAACAAUUUGUUUAUAUGUGUAGCGCAAUAGCAAACGUCAUUGGUUUUCUAGCCAUGGUGGACAGGAAACCUGUGGAGUGGAUGGAUAGCCUGCUUGUCUUUUUCUUUGUUAUACAACGUCAUAUGUAAUGUUAUGCUUUAUGACCAAUGCUUUAAUAGGUUUCUCUGUUCGUUGAUCGCUAGAGGGCUAUCGGCGCUCACUUCAGUAGAGGUGACCACGUGACAAUAGAUACAACACGAUUUUUAACAGAAUUUUACAAAAAUAUAAAUUGUAGUGAAAUGGCCAGUUUCAGCUAAAGAUGGAGGAAUCAUUAGACGGCCGUGAGAGCGGCCACAGCGCGGCCGGUUUCGACUCGGCGGCCAUUUUAAAUGAUGACGUAUCGCCUACUACCAGCUUCUGUUACAACAUACCGAAUUUAUUUAACAGGUCCGGCGUCCUUAUGUGAGAGGUCUGAAACUGACGCAGCUGAUAACUACCCGAGCCAGGAACCCACGGAUGAAGUGGAAAACCACCAGUUUGAGGACGAUGAAGAAUAUUCCCCUAAUUCUAGUGCCAAAAGCGGUGACAUUCCUAAACGUAAACAACGAAGAUACAGAACAACAUUCUCAAAUAUCCAAUUAGAGCAGUUAGAGGCGGCAUUCCAUAAAACACACUAUCCUGACGUAUUUUUCAGAGAAGAGUUAGCCAUGAGGAUAGACCUAACAGAGGCUAGAGUGCAGGUUUGGUUUCAAAACCGGCGAGCGAAAUGGCGCAAGCAGCAGAAGGCGGGCUGCGAGCCCUACCCCCGCGCCCCGCGCUCCCCUGAGCAGCGCUCGCCGUCCUCUCUCGCUCUGGAAAUGAGAGAUUUCAUAACUAUACCAGUGUCAUCGCCCCAAAUAAUUAACAUGGCUGAGACGUCCCAUCAAAACAACUACGUAACGAAGAGCAAACAGCCUGCACCCGCCAUACAUAUUUCCGCUUUACCGACUAGGCAGAAUCCUCAGCUCGACUUGCCCACAUUUUCUAUUCCCCUACAAUAUAACCUCGGAGGUUUCAAAAAAGUCGAUGAAGAUGUCAAUCUAGACUUAGAAUCAUCUGAGAACGCAUCACAAAACCACUGGGAUGCUCGAAUGAUGCCGAAUUUUAAUUUAAUGCAUAUAAAACCUUUGCUAGAAAAUCGUGACAAUAACGAUAUAGCCGAAGUUAAGUAUGAAGUUAAAAAUGAAACUGUAAGUAGGUCGAAUUAUAAUGAAUUACCUAAUAUAAACAGGCCUAUAGAAUCUGAUGAUAUCCUAGGAAAAGAGACGGUAAACGAGGGACAAACAAUUUCUCCGGAUUUUGAAAUAGAGCGAUAUCAAUAUGAUGAAAGCGAUAAAAGGUUUAGGGAACCGUUCGACGAAGGAAUAAUGGAAGAUGGUAGAAACGAUUUUGUUUGUGAAAACGACUUUCUGUGUAAGAAUAAUUAUGAAAAAAUCGAUGGGAAAAGAAACGAGUUUGAGGAGUGCCAUUUGUUAGACGGCGAGAGUAGUGCUAUGAGUAAUUUCGAUAAUAAUUUAUAAGUGACGUGGCAGUUGUAGUUAUUAUUGUAUAAUUUAAUCUGUUAGA